GGAACCACCGCCUCUAGGGAUGGACGGUCAGACUCUGCGAAAGGCUGAGAGAAGCCGGUCCUGCUCACGGGAGAAAAAGGAGGGUUACACUAAGGACAUGGUGACAGACUUUGAUGAGAAACAUGAUGAGUAUUUAAUACUGCUUCAGCAGAGGAACCGAAUAUUAAAGCAUUUGAAAACCAAGGACCCCAUGCAAUUGAGAUUAGAGCACUUGGAGCAGGGCUUCUCUGUCUACGUCAAUGGGGCCAAUUCUGAAGUGAAGACAUCACCGCGGAAAGCCGUCCACUCCGACUUCUCCAGGAGUGCCUCACAUGCUGAGGGGACACACGAUUGUGGACGAAGAACCCUGUUUCAAGAAGCUGAAGAAGCUUUAAGACGCCAUUCGCGCACAGCCCCCAGCAAAGUCCAGCGCCGCGGAUGGCACCAGAAAUCUGUGCAGAUCAGAACAGAAGCUGGCUCACGGCUCCACAUUGAACCUCCUCUGGACUAUUCUGAAGAUUUUGAGCCAUGGGAGAACGUGACUGUCAAUGCAAAGGAUGCUUCUGGGGGUCAUCCGCAGGAUUCCAAAUCUCCCACCAGCACCACACCCUGUGAUUUUAACUUCUCCCUUCGGAACGCACAUGGACAUCCCAACCCUCCAAACAGUAUGGACAAAGCAAGGAUUCUCUUAACUAUUCAGGACGUAACGGAGCUAAGAAAAAGCCUGGAACUUAGUGUAAAUCUACAAAGGAAACAAACGGAUUGUUCCAGUGAUGAGUAUGACUCUAUUGAAGAAGAUGUACUCUCUGAGUCCGAGCCUGAGGACCAGGCACUGGUGGGCUAUCCCGGACAUGAACCCCCUCUUUUCAGUGGGGACUCAGUGCAGAAGGAUGUUCCUGAGGACCAGGAGACACAAGGACACCCUCCACAGUGCCCAGACACCCUUGUGGUGUUGGAAUUUAACCCAGCUUCCAAAAGUAAUAAAAAGGAAAGAAAUUUGUCUGCUAAGCGGAAGGACAAUGCUGAGGUCUUCAUUCCCAGCAAACCGGAGCCAAACCUGACCCCCCAGCCCCCAACUGUGCUCCCAGACCAGGAGAGGCCAUGCUCAAGACCUGGAAGCCGAAGGGAGAGACCUCUAUCAGCAACCCGAAAACCUGUGCUCCAGGCGGAGGACCGACAGGAAGAUGCAUCAGCUGUGCUCAGAGCCAUCCAGGUAGAGAACGAAGCCCUGCAGAGGGCGAUCCUGAGCAGAAAGGCCGAGCCCCCCACCAGCCUGCUGCAGGUGCAGGAGUUGGAGGGACCACCAGCAAAAUCGUGGACCAGUUUGCUGAAGGAGAAAGAGGAGAGCCCUGAGCUGCUUCCCAUCACCGUGAUGACCAGCACGCAGGAGCCAUCCAGGGCGGCAGGGGGAGCCAGAGCCGUCAGUGAAGCCAUUGACAGAAUCGGCCUUUUGGGGAGCAGACAACAGCAGAAGCUCCUGAAAGUCCUCCAGGCCAUCGAAAGUGACUCUGCCCAUGUGAGUCGGGUUGCUUCACCAGCUGAGGGGCAAGUGCUGGACCCAGAGAACACGUUGAGAAUGAAAGCAGAGGAGAUGAAAGACGCCAUCUAUGUGACAAUGGAAAUCCUAUCCACCUGGGGCAACACGUCACGGGUGGGUCUCACAGAAGUCGAGUUCUUUGACCUGGACAACACAAAGCUUUAUGUGUCGCCUCAUGAUGUGGAUAUUCGUAACACAGACACACCAGGAGACCUGGGCCUCUUGGUGAACAGGAACUUAGCGAGCAAGAAAGACCCCUCGUUGUGGAUGUGCCCCUUCCACCCACCUCUCCAGCUCUUUUUUGUUAUCCGCAAUACAAGACUCCUGCAUGCCUUUGGUCUGGCCAAGAUCAAGGUUUGGAAUUACUGGACGGCUGAUGGCGAUCUUGACAUUGGUGCCAAGAAUGUGAAGCUUUAUGUCAACAAAAACCUCAUCUUUGACGGCCAGCUGGACAAAGGAGGCGGGGAGGCCCCGGCUGACCAGAGCAUAUUGGUUGGCCUGAAAAAUGCGAAGAUUGAGAGACUGGAGAACAGCAUUAAUGCCCAGUCGGAGAACAGCAAAGAUGCCUGCACGAUGGCCGCCACAGGUGGGGACGAGGAGCUCAGCGUCAUUUACUCGAAGCCCGCAGGAGCAGUAGUGGGCGUGAAGGUUUCUUCACCGGGAAAUCUAUCUAGUGAAAGGACGAAGUCUCCUGAUUGUGUGAAAGACAAUUUGUCCAAGUUAGAGGACGCCUUCAGCUUGUCAGCAGCCCCAGACUCAACAGGGGGUGUGCCUGGUGCCCCUCUCCCCAGCCUCCCUGGGGAAUGCCCUCCUCUUGACCAACAGCUAGAAAACCCCACAGGCAGAAAAGUCUCUGAGCCUCCAGGGAAAAUCCCCUCCUGGCUACAACCAUCUCCCACUGGGAAAGGCAAGAAGCCAAAACCCCUCUGGCUGGGUCCUGAGAAGCCGCUGGACUGGAAAGACAGGCUUCCGUCAGAGGACAUCAUCGGGGAAGGUCCUGGAGAGAUGGGGGAUACAGGCCUCAGGCGUGACCAAGGGCGGGCCAGCAGCUGGAAUGUCAUCUCGGGGGAGAGAGCCCAGAGGGUGACCCCCAAAGUCUGCAGGGAUGACUUUGACAUCUUCGGCCGGCCCUCCAACAGGGAGCGCCCUGCUAGUGGGCGGAGGGGCCUGAAGAAGGACGCCCUCAGCAGCAGUCACUGUGAUGGCUCGCCAGCGGGCCGAGAAGAUGCCCGGUCCACUGGGAUGCCGCCUCGGUCCCGGUGGCGCAGCGAGCAGGAACACACCCUGCAUGAGUCGUGGAACUCCCUCAGCGCCUUUGACCGCUCCCACCGGGGACGCAUCUCUGGCCUGGAGUUCCAGGGGGACAUCCUGGACGAGUUCCUGCAGCAGCAGAAGAGCAGCCGGCACAGCAGCCAGCCACCACCCCGCAAGGAGGAGGAGCAAGGGCCCAGGAGAGGGCAGGCUGACUGCUCCAUAGACACAGACGAGGGGAGCGACUUUAAAAUCCCUGUCCUGCCUUAUGGGCAGCACUUAGUAAUUGACAUCAAGUCUACGUGGGGGGACAGGCACUAUGUUGGCCUGAAUGGAAUAGAAAUAUUCAGUUCCAAGGGAGAGCCCGUGCAAAUUGCAAACAUCCAAGCAGACCCCCCUGACAUCAAUAUUUUACCAGCUUACGGGAAGGACCCCCGUGUGGUCACCAACCUCAUCGAUGGGGUGAAUAGGACCCAGGAUGACAUGCACGUCUGGCUGGCCCCCUUCACACUGGGCAAGUCCCACUUCAUCUCCGUCGACUUCAUGCACCCUUGCCACGUCGCCCUAAUCAGGAUUUGGAAUUACAACAAAUCACGGAUACACUCCUUCCGCGGUGUGAAGGACAUUGAGAUCCUGUUAGACACACAGUGCAUCUUUAAAGGAGAAAUUGCCAAGGCCUCUGGAACCCUGACAGGAGCUCCAGAGCACUUUGGAGACACGAUACUAUUCACGACUGACGACGACAUUCUUGAAGCCAUAUUCUGUUCGGAUGAGACGUUUGACGUGGACGUGGAGAGCCUCUGCAGCCUGCAGUGCGAGGAGGCUCUGAGGAGGCCCAGCACUGCCGACGGCGAUGGGGAGGAGAGGCCCUACACCCAGGCCGGCCUGUGGGCCGGGGGCCAGGUUCCGGAACUAGAGCUGCCAUCCAGUGCCCCUGCCCCUGAAGUCACCACUCCAGAACCGGGCAUCUACCACGGGAUCUGCCUUCAGCUGAAUUUUACAGCCUCCUGGGGGGACCUGCACUACCUGGGACUCACAGGCCUGGAAGUGGUGGGCAAGGACGGCCAGGCACUGCCCAUCAAGCUGCGCCAGAUCUCCGCCUCCCCCAAAGACUUAAAUGACCUCCCCGAGUACACGGAUGACUCCCGGACCCUGGACAAGUUAAUCGAUGGAGCCAACAUCACGAUGGAGGAUGAGCACAUGUGGCUGAUCCCCUUCUCGCCGGGGCUGGACCACGUGGUCACGAUCCGCUUCGAUAGAGCCGAAAGCAUCGCAGGCCUGCGCUUCUGGAACUACAAUAAAUCUCCCGAGGACACCUAUCGAGGGGCCAAAAUCGUCCACGUCUCCCUGGACGGCCUGUGUGUCUCCCCUCCAGAGGGCUUUCUCAUCCGGAAGGGGCCAGGCAACUGCCACUUUGAUUUUGCUCAAGAAAUCCUCUUUGUGGACUACCUACAAGCUCGACUCCUGCCCCAGCCGACCCAGAGGCUCCACACAAAAAGCCUGGAGCGGGCGAGCAUGGACUACGAGGCACCGCUGAUGCCCUGUGGCUUCAUUUUUCAGUUUCAGCUCCUGACCAGCUGGGGCGACCCCUAUUACAUCGGCCUUACAGGCCUGGAGUUGUAUGACGAGCUGGGGGAAAAAAUCCCUCUGUCAGAAAACAACAUCGCUGCCUUUCCUGACAGCGUGAACUCCCUGGAGGGCGUAUGCGGAGAUGUCCGGACCCCCGACAAGCUCAUCGACCAAGUGAAUGACACCAGUGACGGCAGGCACAUGUGGCUGGCUCCCAUCCUGCCUGGACUGGUGAACCGGGUUUAUGUGAUAUUCGAUCUGCCUACCACCGUGUCAAUGAUCAAACUGUGGAAUUACGCAAAAACGCCCCAACGAGGGGUGAAGGAGUUUGGCCUCCUGGUGGACGACUUGCUCGUGUAUAACGGGAUCCUGGCCAUGGUGGGCCACCUGGUUGGGGGCAUCCUGCCCACGUGCGAGCCCACAGUGCCCUACCACACCAUCCUCUUCACCGAGGACAUGGACAUCACCCACCAGGAGAAGCACACCACCGGCAGCGAUCAGGUGGAGGACCAGGACGUCCAGAUGACGAAUGAAAACCAAGUCAUUACCAACUCGAGAAGGAAGCAGAGUGCCGUUGACCCAGCCUUACGCCCCAAAACGUGCAUAAGUGAGGAGACAGCAAGACGAUGGCGGUGCUGACGGGUGAAGGAGGGAGAGCUGGUCCUCCCAGCCAGCUUGGGGCUCCAUCGCUGGCCCCACUCAGCACCCAUGUCCCCCCUCAGUCCUCAGUGUCUGCCAGCCCAGACCCUAGGGGCUGAAGAGAGCUGUGGAGCGGAGCCUUCUGGGGAGAGGGGACUCAAAGGGUGGACAGCCAUGGAGAAGACAGGAGGGAGGAGGCAGGGAUGCUGCUGCGCGGGCCUGUGGCCCUUGACUCU